AUGGCGGUGCGCAGCAUGGUGGCAGCUCGUCGUGCCACGGAGGAAUGGCGGUGCGCGGCGCGGCGGCAGCUCGUCGUGCCACGGAGGAAUGGCGGGGAGCGACACGACGCGGCACAAGAGAAGGACUCGUUGGAGAGGUCUCCCAAGCGCUUCCGAAACUGUUGUGACGCCGGGUGUCGUUGCUUAGCAAAUCCAGCUGGAAUUCGGGCCGUGGAGCGAUGUCAGCCCGUUGUGAAGGCUUGUUUGGACAGCGAAGCUGCCUUUGAUCCCGGCAUCCCCAUUGUCCCUGAGGCUUUUCAAUCCACCUGGAAAAUUAAGACCAAUUAUUUCAUCGUUUCCCUUGCCUUUGCGGACCUGCUGGUGUCGGUGCUGGUGAUGCCAUUUGGAGCCAUUGAGCUGGUUCAGGACAACUGGAUCUACGGGGAGAUGUUCUGCCUGGUCCGAACGUCCCUCGACGUCCUGCUCACCACCGCGUCCAUCCUGCACCUGUGCUGCAUCUCGCUGGACAGGUACUAUGCUAUCUGCUGCCAGCCGCUGGUUUACAGGAACAAGAUGACUCCGCUGCGCAUUGCUGUGAUGCUUGGAGGGUGCUGGGUAAUCCCGACGUUUAUUUCUUUCCUCCCUAUCAUGCAAGGCUGGAAUAGCAUUGGCAUCAUUGAUCUGGUGAGUAGCUACGGGGGCACGCCAACCCAGCCUGGGGUCAGAUAUAUUCGGUGCUGUAUAUUCUUCUUUAAAAAGCAAUAUUCAGGGAAAAGAAGGCAACAGAGGCUGAAGGAAAAACUUCUUACUAAUGUCCUGGCUCCCCCCCGCAUCUACGUCACGGCCAGGGAGCACGCGCGGCAGAUCCGGGUGCUGCAGCGCGCGGGGGCCCCGGCCGACGGCCGGCAGCACCAGCCGGACCAGCACAGCACGCACCGCAUGAAGACCGAGACCAAAGCUGCCAAGACCCUGUGCAUCAUCAUGGGCUGCUUCUGCCUGUGCUGGGCCCCCUUCUUUGUCACAAACAUCGUGGACCCGUUCAUAAACUACACGGUGCCAGGGAAGCUGUGGACGGCUUUCCUGUGGCUGGGCUACAUCAAUUCAGGGCUGAACCCUUUCCUCUACGCCUUCCUGAACAAGUCCUUCAGACGUGCCUUCCUCAUCAUCCUGUGCUGUGGUGAUGAGCGAUACCGAAGGCCUUCCAUCCUGGGGCAGACGGUCCCCUGUUCCACCACCACGAUCAACGGAUCGACGCACGUACUAAGGUGAGUGCUUCUCAGGGGCUGCGAAGUGCCUGGAGUCACUGGAAAGAGUUCUCCUCUAGAGUUUUCAUAA